GUUUUCUGGAUUCUAGCUAACCUGGAUGCUACCGACUGUGUGUAUUGUUUUUGAAAGACUCGAGGAAAAUUCCUUGAUUUCCCUCUUUAUCUUCUGCAUCCCACUCCCAUUUACUGUUCUUUGUUCCGUUUUCUAAUGAGCCACCGCCGUCUUCCUUAUCUGCUGCAUCCCAAUCCCAUUUAAAUUUUGUCGUCAACAAUUUCGUCUUCUCGGUUUCUGACUUAUUCCGGGGCAUUUUUUUUUCUUGUUUCGAGCCUGUGAGCCUGAUUCCAUUUUGACCCAUGGCGGCGGCGGCGGUUCAUGAGCCGGAGGUGAUCCGCGACAAGGCGGCGAUGCGCGCGUGGUCGCGCCGCCGCCGCGCGGAGGGAAAGGCCGUCGCUUUAGUCCCCACGAUGGGCUUCCUCCACGAGGGACACCUCUCGCUCGUCUCCGCGGCCGUGGCGGCCUCCGCCGGCCCCGUCGCCGUCGUCGUCUCCAUCUACGUCAACCCCAGCCAGUUCGCCCCCACCGAGGACCUCGCCACCUACCCCUCCGACUUCGCCGGCGACCUCGGCAAGCUGGCCGCCACCGGGGUCGUCGCCGCAGUAUUUUGCCCCCCGGACCUCUACGUCCGCGGCAGCGCUGACCGCCCCUCCGCCGCCAGCGCGUCCGGGGGCGCGGUGUCUUGCCUGGAGGAUGCAGGUGGGCAUGCGCACGAGACGUGGAUUCGGGUGGAGCGGCUGGAGAAGGGGCUGUGCGGGAGCAGCAGGCCUGUCUUCUUCCGCGGCGUGGCCACCGUGGUCGCCAAGCUGUUCAAUAUCGUGGAGCCGGACGUCGCCGUGUUCGGGAAGAAGGAUUAUCAGCAGUGGCGCGUCAUUUGUCGGAUGGUUCGUGAUCUUGAUUUUGCCAUACAGAUAGUUGGUUCGGAGGUAGUGCGAGAAGCUGAUGGUCUUGCAAUGAGCUCUCGCAAUGUAAAUCUGUCAGAGGAGGAUAGAAAGAAGGCGUUAUCGAUCAGUAGAUCACUGGUGGAUGCUAGAACCGCCACCCUCAGUGGAAGCAACCGUAGCCAAGAGAUAAAAGAUCAAAUAGUGCGGACAAUUACAGAAGCUGGCGGUCAGGUUGACUAUGUUGAGAUUGUGGAGCAGGAAAGCUUGGUGCCUGUGGAGAGGAUGGACCGCCCUUGUGUAAUUUGUGUCGCGGCAUGGUUUGGAAAGGUCAGGCUAAUUGACAACAUCGAGAUCCAUGUAGAUAGCUCUACUGUUUUGUCUAUCUGAUGAACGAAGAUGUUUAGACACGGCAAAAUGGCAUACCACUUUCUACGUAGCAGUAGCAGACCAAGAAUAAAUAGCAUGAUGGGCUGAAUCUGGAUAGAAGACCAUGAGCUCAGUGCUAGCCAUUCUUGAACUGCUAGAAUGCAGAGAAUAAGUACUUUCACAGUUUCAGUC